GCGAAAGACCCAAUCCCCAAUCCACGGGGAGCCUACGUACCGCCCCUUGCAAGCGCCGCUUCCCUUCUCCAAGGUUGCCCCUUCGGUCGAUUCUCGAUUUCGUGAUGCGAUUUCUUCUUCCUUGCCUUUAUAUUGCCUUAUCUCAGACUAUCUAACCUCCGGCAAUGGAUUCCGGUGCCGAUCCAGUGGAUUACCUCUUCCGCGUGAUGAGAGACGCUGUCUCUCCGCUCGAGUGCGGGAUUUCGCGCGCAGCCAAGGAUCUCGAGUCUCAUUGGAUGGAUUCGAGAAAAAUGGUAAAUGAGAGUGGAUUUACUGGCAGAUUUAAUGGCCAGGCGAAGAAAAGGGCUUGCCAGGAAACGGCUGUGGUGUCUCCGGCAGUUAGUGACGAUAGGAAGAAAGGAUUAUUUUUGGGGAAGAUACCGAUGAAGUCUAUCAUUGGAGCUCUUUUCCCGAAUCCUCCUGCGAAGAAUAGAGGGGCAAGGGUGAAAGUACAAAAUGAUGGAUCUUGCUUAAACUGCCUGAACUUCGCUGGGGCAUGGUCUAUCUUGGUUAGCAACUUCGUGCAGGUUUUUCCGAACUCACUUAAAUGCGUUAAGAAAUGCUUUCGGAAAUCAUGCAAUCAAGCGGAUGGCGAGCUCUUCUCUAAUCCUUUUUGUUUGGAAGUUAAAAGGAAAGAGUUAUGCCUCCCGCAGGACUGCGAUUUGCCAUCGGGACUGUUGAUCUGCUAUGCGUUUGAGAAUUUAAUCCAGAAUCUUGAAGAGAUUUUUGAUCGGGAUAAGUCGAGAAAUCCGGUUGCCAUUCCGGCUAUUGCAAUGAUCGAUCAUAUGAAGACAAUAUCAGACAUUGUCAAAAGGAGGAGGGCAAGUGUUAAUGGUUUUCUUUCAAAUGUGGGCUUUGCGAAGUUGGGAGGGGCAUCGGAGAGUUCGGUAGGAACUGCUGGUUCUGCUGAUGAUGAGGGCAAGGACCCUGCAGCUGAUUAUGGCAAGGAGGACGCUGUUUGUAAAGACGAAUCAGGGCUUAAUCCUGCACAGAAACUUGCGAGCAAAUUGUUGAACAUUCCUUUGUCCAAUGUUGAGCGCCUGCGUUCUAUACUCUCAACUGUUUCUUUGACAGAGCUCAUUGAGUUCGUAUCUCACUUGGGAAAGUCCUCUCAAGAACAUCCCAGUAAGAAGAAACUAUUUUCAGUGCAGGACUUCUUUCGGUACACCGAAGCUGAAGGAAAGCGGCUUUUUGAGGAGUUGGAUAGGGAUGGUGAUGGCCAAGUAACAUUAGAAGACCUCGAAAUUGCAAUGAGAAGAAGAAAAUUGCCUAGGAGAUAUGCAAGGGAUUUCUUGCGCCAUACUAGAAGUAACUUAUUUUCAAAAUCAAUUGGGUGGAAACAAUUUCUAUCUUUCAUGGAGCAGAAGGAGCCUACAAUUCUCCGAGCUUAUACAACGUUGUGUUUGAGCAAGUCCGGAACGCUUCAGAAAAAUCAAAUAUUGACAUCACUCAAAAGUGCUGGACUCCCAGAUGAUGAAGCUAAUGCUAUUGCUAUGAUGCGUUAUCUAAAUGCAGAUACUGGUGAAUCUAUUUCCUACAGCCAUUUUCGUAAUUUUAUGCUGCUACUUCCUUCAGAAAGACUUGAGGAAGACCCUCGGAGCAUCUGGUUUGAGGCUGCCACCCUUGUCGCCGUUCCCCCACCAGUGGAAAUACCUGCUGAAAGUGUUCUGAAAUCUGCUUUGGCAGGAGGUCUUGCAUCCGCGCUUUCUACUUCUGUGAUGUAUCCUAUUGAUACAAUGAAGACUCGUGUACAAGCAUCCACUCUUUCAUUCCCUGAACUCGUAUCAAGGCUUCCUGAAAUCGGGAUUCAAGGAUUGUACAGAGGUUCUAUCCCUGCCAUUCUUGGGCAAUUUUCAAGCCAUGGUCUAAGAACUGGCAUCUUUGAAGCAAGCAAGCUCAUCCUCAUAAAUGUUGCGCCAACCCUUCCUGAUAUUCAGGUGCAAUCUAUUGCAUCCUUUUGCAGCACAGUCCUAGGAACCGCAGUCAGGAUUCCAUGCGAGGUAUUGAAGCAACGUCUACAGGCAGGUAUUUUUGACAAUGUAGGAGAGGCAAUUGUGGGCACUUUACAUCAGGAUGGCUUAAAGGGAUUCUUUAGGGGAACAGGUGCCACACUUUGCCGGGAAGUGCCCUUCUAUGUGGCUGGGAUGGGUAUAUACGCUGAAGCAAAAAAGGCUGCUCAGAGUCUUCUCAACCGUGAGCUCGAGCCAUGGGAAACCAUUGCAGUAGGAGCUCUCUCUGGCGGGCUUUCAGCCGUGAUUACAAAUCCUUUUGAUGUGAUGAAGACGAGAAUGAUGACCGCUCCUCAGGGGCAGCCUGUGUCUAUGCAGAUUGUGGCCUUCUCCGUUCUCCAGCAGGAGGGACCACUAGGGUUUUUCAAGGGAGCUUUACCAAGAUUCUUCUGGAUUGCACCUCUGGGUGCCAUGAACUUUGCAGGCUAUGAGCUUGCAAAGAAGGCGAUGAUUAAGUCCGGAGAGGCCGAUACAAGACUGCCUAGAGUAUAGACAAUCAAGCCUCUAUGACAUAUAUCUUGUAAUUUAUUAGGGGAAUUGCAUACAUAUCACCCCAAGUCUUUGGUAUUUAUAUAAAUAAUACCUUGAUCUUUUCAUUUACUUAUAUAACACUUUGGUUUUCAAAUCACAUCAAAAGUAUCACUAGCAUUAACUUAUGUAAAGUGAACUAUACCUUUUUAUGUAUAUAUUUUGAUGUGAUUUAGUCAUUAAGAUGUUAUAUAAGUAAAUGGUAUGUAUUUAAAUCCCCUAAUUUAUUUUGGCUGCGAGGAUCUGAGAAAUUUUGAGCAUAAUCAGCUCCUCCAGUGUUUGGUAUUCUUAGAAUUUUAGUCUCUAGUUUUGGCCCAGUGAUCUCUUAGGAAAAGAGGGAAAAUUCGCCUGACUGUUAUGUUUUCUUUGGUUUUUUUUCGUUUCGUAAAUGUAUAGUCUACUCCUGAGUCAUGCAGGAGCUUUUGCUUUUUUGCUCAUUUUUAAAGCUUUUUUCAAAGUAGAUUGUCAUGAAUUUACACGAUAAUUUCUUGUGAUGUUUUUUACUC